GAUUUUAAAAGCGACGCUGAAGCGGGAGGAAGAAGAGCGGCCGCCAUUUUGGUUCGAUUCAAUGAGAGGGACGAGGAAGGAGGGAAACAAGUUGUAAACUUCUCUUCGGGUUGGGAAGGGAGAGUUUCUCCCGCUCCGGACUAAAACGGAAAAAAUAUUGUUGGAUGGUGAGUUUAUGUGUAGCCGACCCUUACACAUUUUGAGCAAACCCAGGGGCAAUGUUUUACGCCCACUUCGUCCUGAGCAAGCGAGGGCCGCUGGCCAAGAUCUGGCUGGCGGCCCACUGGGACAAGAAGCUGACCAAAGCCCACGUCUUUGAGUGCAACCUGGAGAGCAGCGUAGAGAGCAUCAUUUCACCCAAGGUGAAAAUGGCUCUGCGUACAUCUGGUCACCUGCUCCUGGGGGUGGUGAGGAUCUACCACAGGAAGGCCAAGUAUCUCCUUGCUGACUGUAACGAGGCGUUUAUAAAGAUCAAAAUGGCUUUCCGACCAGGGGUUGUGGAUCUGCCUGAAGAUAAUCGCGAGGCCGCUUAUAACGCCAUCACCCUGCCCGAGGAGUUUCAUGACUUUGAUCAGCCGCUUCCAGAUCUCGAUGAUAUAGAUGUAGCACAGCAGUUCACACUGAACCAGAGCCGAGUGGAGGAGAUCACCAUGAGGGAGGAGGUGGGGAACAUAAGCCUCAUGAACGACGAUCACUUCGGUGAUUUUGGCAUUGAGGAUCGAGAGAUCCUUCGGGAGGAGGCUGCCUUUGAGGACACUGCCUUUAUUCAUGGAUCCUCUGCCUCCAACCUCCUGCUUGAGGCAGAGCCUGGCCCCGCCCACCUUCCUGACAAGUCGACGAAUCUUGAUUACGAUGACUUUGGAGAUAACCUGGAGAACAGCGAUGGUGGGAUACUUGUGGAUAAGCUGUUGAGUGGCGAGGACGGCGGGGGGAUAUUCGACGAUCCUCCUGCCAUCACAGACAGUGUCAUGAUGCCCCCAGAUCACGGAGACGACGACGAUGACUAUGACCACCUUUCACCGGCCGGCGCUCCGGACAGCCCUGAUUCAUGUCCGGUUGAGGCUCUACCCAACACUACAGACCAGACGGAGCAGACCACGCUGGUGCCCAACGAGGAGGAGGCCUUUGCUCUCGAGCCCAUCGACAUCACUGUGAAAGAGACAAAGGCGAAGAGAAAGAGGAAGCUGAUCGUGGACAGCCUGAAGGAGCUCGACAGCAAAACCAUCCGCGCUCAGCUCAGCGAUUACUCCGACAUCGUGACGACACUGGAUCUGGCCCCGCCUACCAAGAAGCUGAUGAUGUGGAAGGAGACAGGAGGCGUGGAGAAGCUCUUCUCUCUGCCUGCACAGCCACUCUGGAACAGCAGGCUGCUCAAGAUGUUCACACGCUGCCUGACUCCACUGGUGCCAGACGAGCUGAGGAAGAGGAGGAAGGGUGGUGAGGCUGACAGCCUGGAGGAGUUCCUGAAGGAGCUGGAGAACCCUGAGGUUCCUCGUGAGGAACAGCUGGGCCACAGGGCCGACAUCAUUGAUCAAACCAUCGUGGAGGAGCCCAGCAUGCUGCAGACCUCGACUAUCGAGGGCAGCAUGACUGCACUGGACGAGACCCUGAUGCCUCCUCCUUCACGGCAGCGUGUACUCAAACGCAAGUCUCAGGAGCUUGAAGCUGCUCUGCCUACGAUGAGCAUCCUGGACCAGUCUGUGCCUCCGCCGAUGGAGCAGUCGGUGUUGGCCCAGCAGCUGGACAUGCCACAAGUCGACCUUCCUCCGGAGGACAGCACCAACCUGUCGAGAAUGGUGCCAGAGCUCGACCUGCUGGGAGAGAACAAGAAGGACAAAGAGGACAGCGAGGAGGAGGAGGAGGGAGAAGGACAAGGUGGAGACCAGGACCAAGAGGAGAGACGGUGGAACAAGAGAACCCAGCAGAUGCUGCAUGGACUUCAGCGUGUGGUGGCGAAGACCGGAGCCCAGUCCAUCAGCCUGCUGGAGCUUUGCAGAAACAACAACAGAAAACAAGCCGCCGCCAAGUUCUACAGCUUCCUCGUCCUGAAGAAACAGCAAGCGGUGGACCUGUCCCAAACCGAGCCUUACAGCGACAUCGUCGCCACGCCAGGGCCGCGAUUCCACAUUGUAUAGACGCAUGUUCUUCUGUUUUUAGCUUGUAUUUAACACUUUUUACUGUUUCUCAGUUUUUUGUACCUAUAUCUCUGGCUUGGUUUGGACCAAUUUUGUGUAAAUUUUUUUUUUUUUAAAUAUAUAAAGUUUUCCUUGCAGUCAGGAGCAGUUGAAAUCAUGUUGAAACUUCACUCCAUGCUCAGUUUGCAUGUCAGUUCCUUUUGUACCGUAAGCUAAGUACCAGCCCUCUGCAUACUAGUCCCAAAUUGUUUUUAUUGUUCUGGUUUUCCCUCCUAAGUUUUGCGUUGAGAUACUUCGUAGAAUAGCUGUAUACAUUUUUACCUUGUUUGGUCAUAUCACGUUGGAGAGACAAAAGUUUAUUUUUGAAAGUUUGGUGUAUUUGUUGAAUAAUGGAAAAAAGCUCAACGUUUUGUAUCUCUUUUCAUGAUGGUUAUUAAAGUUUUAAUAAAACAGAUUUUGUUGCUAAUUA